AUCAUAAACAAAAACAAAUAGAUUUUUAUUUUUGGGAAAUCGAAGAAAAGAAUAUUACAGGUACCAGAUGUUGAUCUGCGUCUGAACUCUGAAUCAAGACGCAGAAGCAGAUCUAAUCGUCAGUUUAGGGCUAUUUUCUACCCAAUUUCCGAUCAUUUCCGGCCAUGAUUCUUUGAAUUUCUGCAGUUCUCUUUUCCAAAUUCGAAUUAUUACCUUUGGUGGGACGAUGAGUUUCCUGCUGCGGUCAUCUCAGACGGCCGCAGUAGCAUCAGCGGAGUAUCGUGCCACUGAUGCAACACACACUAGGGGGAAUACUCUUGAGGGUCUUAUUGGUCCAGAUUCGAUUUUACUCAAUUCAAUUGCUGAAGAUCAGGUUGCUGAAUCAGAAGAGGUCGAUAGUCAAGAGGGUAUUAUGGAGAAACAUAACCCUGCUAAGGAUUCCGCUCCUAUUGUUCAAAAUCACAUUGAUGUUACCGCAGAUGAAGGAUAUAUAACUAUUCCAUACAAGGAACUCCCUGAUGAUUGGAUGGAGGCACCGGAUAUACAUUCCUUUCACACAUUAGAUCGGGGUUUUGUUUUUCCUGGUGAACAAGUCCACAUUUUGGCAUGCUUGUCGACUUGCAAGCAGGAUAUGGAAAUUAUAACACCUUUUAAAGUUGCUGCUGUUAUGAGUAAAAAUGGUAUUGGGCAAGGGACCAAGAAAGAAAAUGAAGAUGCUGGAUCUGAAAGUGAACUUGUUCAUGAUAGUGAGGAAACGAGUCCAUCUGGUCAAGAAGUUGAUCAGAGUGGCGACAAUGUGUCGAAAGAGCAGAUUGAUAGACAAAAGAAUGUCUCUGAUGGUGAAAUGCUUCUUAGAAGGGAAGUCCAGAGAAGGCAGACGGAGACUUUGUUGCAAAAGAUUGAAAAUUCACAUUUCUUUGUCCGUAUUGUAGAUUCUGAUGAACCACUUUGGGAAAAGAGAGAAACAUCAAAAACUCCGGUAUCCGGUGGUACAGAAAAUAGAACUGCUCCAAAAAAUAUAGCAUCUAUAAAUUCAAUUAUUGAAAGAGGGAGCUUUGAUGCUAGUGUUUCUGGUGGAUUGGCUAGAAGUUCUCGCAAGUGUUGCUCACUGUCUAAUGGAGAUAUAGUGGUGCUUUUACUGGUUAAUAUUGGUGUUGAGUUUGUCAAAGAUCCUUUUCUGGAAAUUUACCAGUUUGAGAAAUUUAAGGACAAAGGUUUGAAAAGUGAGGAUCAUUCAAGUUUCUCAUCUGUAAAUGAAGACCCUUGUGGAGAUCUAUUAAAAUGGUUGCUUCCUGUGGAUAACUCUAUUCACCUUCCUGCUCCAUCUUUGCCCCCGAUUCCAGCCCCAAGUUCCAAUUCAUCCAUACGCAGCAUUUCUACUAGAUCCAAUUUUUCCUCCGCAUCAAGCUCUCAGCUAUUUUCUUUUAAUCAUUUUAGAAGUUAUUCCAUGUCUGCAAUGCCCCCAACUGCUGUACAACAACCUCCUGCCAGUCCUAGUACUAGGCCAGAUGUUGACCUACAAGAUUGGGAUCAGUUCCCUUCAUUUAAGUUGCCAAAGAGUACAGAACGUGGAUUUGCAAAUAUUCUCUCUUUUCGGGGUGUGACAUUAGAACCAGAAAGAUUUUCUGUUCGGUGUGGCUUGGAAGGAAUUUUCACCCCUGGAAGAAGAUGGAGGAGGAAAAUUGAAGUUAUUCAACCCAUAGAGAUCCACUCUUUUGCUGCUGAUUGCAAUACAGAUGAUCUUCUAUGCAUACAGAUAAAGAAUGUAGCUCCUGCACAUUUGGCGGAUAUUGUGGUAUAUCUAGAUGCCAUAUCGGUUGUCUAUGAAGAGGCACCAAAAGGCGGACCUCCGGUCUCAUUACCAAUUGCAUGUAUCGAAGCAGGGGAUGGGCAUAAUCUGCCAAACCUUACCCUCAGGAGAGGUGAAGAACACUCUUUUAUUCUCAAACCAGUAACCUCAGUGGGGAAGACAGCCAAGGCUAACAUUCAAAAGAAUUCUCAGUUAUCACUCUUAAAGACAGGAUCAAUUUCCCGAUCUUCAAAGAGGCUUGAAGUAAAAGAAAAUGCUUCUGUCUCAGAUCAGUUUGCUGUUCUAGUCUCAUGUCGGUGCAACUACACUGAGUCAAGGUUAUUUUUUAAGCAGUCAACGAAUUGGCGACCACGAGUCUCUAGAGAUCUUAUGAUAUCGGUUGCAUCGGAGAUGUCAAGAAAAAAUCUAGUUUCUGAUGGAAUUGUUCCUCAGCUUCCUGUCCAGGUUUUAACUCUUCAUGCUUCAAAUCUGACAUCUGAAGACGUAACAAUGACUGUUCAUGCUCCAGCUUCUUUUACAUCGCCUCCUACAGUUGUUUCCAUAAAUUCAUGUCCAUCUACACCCAUGAGCCCAUUUGUUGGUCAUUUUGAUCCUUUGGGAAGAGCGAAACAGAACGGAGAGAGUGAUCCUCAUACGGUGGCGUUAAAUGAAAAUGACAUACCUGGCACCGAAUCCAGCUGUACACAUUUGUGGUUGCAUAGUAGAGUCCCAUUGGGAUGUGUUCCUGCUAAAUCCAUGGCUACAAUAAAGUUGGAAUUACUUCCUUUAACGGAUGGGAUCAUCACGCUGGAUUCUUUGCAGAUUCAUGUUAAGGAGAGAGGAUUGACAUAUGUGCCAGAGCACUCUUUAAAGAUAAACGCAACUUCCAGCAUCGCUACUGGUAUCAUGUGAGAUCGGUUAGCUGGCUGUUUCUAUGUUUCAUAACCUCACUUUACAAAUGGUCUGUCAAAAAGAUUUGAUUGCAGCAAUUAUGAGGGUCGGUCCUGCUGUUCCCUUCUUUGUUGUAUAGGCGAAAGAGAUUUUAUUAUGCCUAAAUCAUUCAAGCCAGAAAGAAAAAGGUUAAUUUUCUGGUUAAAGAACCAUUCACUCAUGUUAUGAUGUUAUUUUUUAUAUGCCCAUUCACACUUGAAAAGAGGCGAUUAGCCGAUUAUUAUAGUAUAUUACUGCAGAAUCUAUUAUGCAGAUGAACCCUUUUUGUAAAUUUGGAUCCUAAGGGAGAGUUUGUUAAAGUUGCUUUUGUUUUAAGGGGAUUUCAGUUACUUAGGCUUUAAAGGCUCUUUGGAGUCCCUGAUGGCAUUAUAGAAUUGCACAUUCUGUUUUGUUUC